AUGACUUCAUUAGCACUUGAUCUUUUAUUAAAUAACAAAAAAUCUUCUCCUUUCGUAUUGAUUAAUGAUACAGUUCGUUUUUCAGCUUUACCCAUUUUGGCUGAUAUUGGUAAACGUGCACUUUCUCAAGGUCAGACGUUAAUCGUGUUGCUGACAGAAACUUCACCAAAGGCAUGGCGUGAGCGAUUCCCAAAAAAUAACCAUAACAAUAUUUUUAUUAUCGAUUGUUUCACUGAUCCUCAUGGAUGGGAUGAUAUUACUGAAGAGGAUAAUACAAUCCAAGUGAGAGAUAUCAAAGACUUGGAGAAAUCAAUCUUAUCUCCAAUCUUGGAAAAGGCAACAGAUACACCUAAUUGUACAAUUCUUGUUGAUUCAAUUACUGCUUUAGCCAUGAUUUCUCAAUAUAGAACAUAUCGCUUAGUCAAAGCUUUAGAGUCAUUAACGACAGAUGCUAUUCGAUUAGUCAUUGGAUUUCAUUCAGAUGUCAAGUUGGUUUCAAAGAUAGGAUUGUCUUUAGAAGAUUCAUUAAUUAGAAUAGCUUCUGUUAUUGUCAAGUUGGAAGCUUUAAAAGAACGUACACAUUUUGAUACACAAGCAGCAUUAACAGGAUUUGUGCCGGAAGAUGCAUUUUCAUAUUUGACUACAACUUCCAAUUGUAUAACUAAAGGCGGUAUUGCGCAUAUUGAAUGGAGAAAGAAAAGUGGGAAAGUACAAUAUGAAUCAAAUGGAUUUGUGCUAGAUACAACAACUGGAUUAUUAGAAGUAGUCCACACACUUCAAUUGACAGGCGUUGAUGAGGAAGAAGAAAAGAGAAGACAAGAGGCAGAAGAAAAGGCAGAGGCAAUGGAUGUAGAUAAAAAGAAUGAUCCAACUGCUAAUUUGUCGUUUAAUCUUUCUUUGACGGAUGAACAAAGAAAGACAAAAGAAAGUUUAGUAUUACCUUAUAUGAAAGCUCAACAAUUAGAAGUAUCAUCAGAAGAAGAAAAGAAGAAUUCUGGUCUUAUUUAUUAUGAUCCAGAUGCUGCUGAUGACUUUGACGAUGAAGAUCCUGACGAUGAUUUGGAUAUUUAA